AUGGACUUGGAACCUGGAAGCAAGAACAGCGAGAAGUCAGAACGAGUUGUUGAUGGGAGUGAAGGCAGUAAGCACCCUGAAACACCAAAGGUCGUUGAUGGGAGUGAUAGCAGUAGCCAUUUAACAAUACUUCCAGAGGCUACUGCUAAUGAAGGUGGUCCUGUCCCGACCAGAAGACUAAUCUCGAUAUCCUCUUUGUCUUCAUUGGCAUCAGACUCGUCAUUGGAAGAUCUAUUCCAAGUGGAUACAAACAGAAUUACAACUUCAACACAUACUGCUUCCGUCCCUAAACAUGAUGACUAUAACAUUGUAGGUCCCGCAUCAACAUCCCAAGCUUCUGAUGUCACCCAUGGGUCCAUGGUGCCUGGUUUGUCACCAACAGAUUCCCCUUCAAUCCAAACUAUGGAUCGGUGUGGUGGAUAUGAUCCUUACAGGAUCCCGACUUCUGUGUUUUCAACAAGUAAAUCCAACAAAGAAAUGGAUUGGAGUGUUGCAUCCAAUGAGUCAUUGUUUAGCAUUCAUUUAGGCAACAACAGCUUUUCCAGAGACCACACAUUUUUUCUCGGUGAUUUGGGCAAGUCUGGGGAACUGUACAAAUCAGGCGAGUUGUUUUCGCUCAAUCCAGCCCCUCCAGUUCCAGUGGUAGAAAUUGAAAGUGACAGGAUUGAAGAAGUGAGGAAAUCUGGAGUUGGAGUGGCAGAUGAGACCAUCAAGGACAUAGCAAGAGCAAAUGCUGAAGAUCAUAGUGAGGGAAGGGUACCACCGCCAACUGUAUUUGGAAAAUCCCCUAGCCUCUCUCGCCGUUCUGAUGGGAGUGGGACUAGCACACGCUCUUUUGCCUUCCCAAUAUUGACAAAUGGGAUGAAAAGUUCUGUGAAGGUUACAGAGCCGUGUCUGGAGCAGCCGCCGCCACAACCACCACACACAACAGGGAAACUUGUUACUUGUGAGCUCCCUUUGGGGAAUACCACCCGAAAUCUGCAACGCUUCGCGUUUGAAAGGCAUGCUGUGUAUAAAGCUGUUCCAGAAAGUCCUCAAAACACUUCGUUGUCGAAUUUGAAAAUUUCGUACUCAUGA